AUGACGAUAUCCCUCUCUGAGUCUGUCGCGGGUCCCGCGUCGCCGUCAGCGUCCGCGCAACAGUUCCAGCCCGCAACUCCCGGUCCGGCUUCAGCAGAGCAGCAGAGACACGCGCCUCCGCAGAAUGAGCCAGAAACCCGAGUGGCUUACUCCAUCUCCCAAUGGGACCCACCGGAGCACGCGCGGCUGACGUUUAACUCACUUGGGAAGCACUUCGCGGAGCUCGUGCACGCCGCGGAGGUGCAUCUCGCGCGGGAGCUCGCCCCCGUGAAGGCGUACGCGCUGCAGCUCGAGCAAAGGUAUGUGGCGGUCGCCGCCGAGCGGGACACCUUACUGGCCGGGAAGGCUAUUGCGCUCACGGCGGCGGAGGCGGAGAGGCAGGCGGCGGGCGCUGCGCGCGCGGCGGUGGCGAAGGAGCAGGCGGCGGUGGCCGUGGCGUUCAAUGCGGCGAAGGACCUCGCGACCGCGUGCGCAAUGCUGCGCCACCAGCUGAAUGCGACGCAGACGGAGCUCCAGCAGGUGAAGGGAGAGCGGGAGAGUCUGAGGGUGGAGAAUUGGCAGCUGAAGGAGGUGGUGGCGAAGCUCUCGCGGGACGUGCAUUUGAGUGAACGGGAGCGGAAGGAGAGCAACCCGACGAUGACAGGGGAUUCGCUACUGUCUAGUGCACUGGCAGAGGUCAGGGGUGAACACGACAGGCGAAUGCAGGUUGAGCAGGAGCUCACAGAGCUGAAGGCAAAGAUAAGCAAGCAGGCACUCCUUCAAACUUCGGGGACGAGUACAACGUGGCCCGAGAUGGUCUCUGCGCUGCCGAAACUGGCAGGCCUUCCCGAUCCGUUUUCUGGCACACAGCUGGGAAGCGAGACCAGGCACGAGCACUCCGCGACAGAACGACAAUCGUCCCUGCCAACAGCCAGUGAGACCUUCAUGGGGCUGGCGACGCCACAGUCGCAAGUGGGGACCGUCGAUAUGGAGCCAGUAGCGCCAGAGAGGGACAUGUCGGAAGUCAUCGACCUCACGAUGUCAGAUGGAGCACCGAGCCCACUAGCUACAACAGACAGGAAAAGGCCGGCGAGUCCGCCGAUGUUGGACGAGAUGAGUGCUCUGAAGAGGAGGAGAACGGAGGAGCUCUGCGCUAGCGAACGAGGCCCUCAAGCUAGAGAUCCCUCGCCCGAACGCCCGUCCUCUUCGUCGAUGGCCAUUCAUGAGUUCGGCGCUGCGCCCCUGCUCAUGGGUCUCACCUCCACACCUGAAACCGCUCCUCCCGCGGAGCGAGAUGCCGAUCCCGACCAAACGCUUGUAGACGAGAGGAAUGCGCACAUGACAACAUCCGAUGCCACUCCCUCAGAGUCGAAGCCGGAUCUGAAGGAGCUCCAAGGCGAGAUGAAGCCAGACGUAACGUCUGGGCCGGGUGAUCAUACCGGUCAGCAAGGUGCCGGGCUGCAAGAACCGAUGCAUAUAGCAAUGCGGGAAGAGGAGGAAGAGGAGGAAGAGGAGAUCAAAGAAGAAGCACAUGCGUCGCCACAGCUGGCUCCCUCCCCAAAACCUACACUAUCCGCUCAAAAUGAACCUCUACGGACGCCAACGCCAAAAGUAGAGUCACCGCGUUUGCCUUGUCCGCUUCCCCGUGGUACGGCGGGAUCGACUGCAGGCCGGGGCCGACCUAUGCCUCCAUUCAGGGUACAUUCGCUUCCCAACAAACCGAUGGUGCCUACAAAGUCGAAUACACCUGUGCCUCCGAAGCCUUCCGUAUUCAAACCUUUGAAGCCGGAAGCAUCUGCACCUGUGCAGCGCCCACCCCUCCGAAGGUCGCUCACCAUCUCGCACAUCCACCUUGCGUACGACGAAGCCGGAUCGCGGUACACCUGCGUUAUGUGCAAGCGUCGGCACGAAAAAGACCGGACCUUCCGCGUCGCGUCAUUCUCGACCGACUCGUCUUGGGACACACUUGCUGGUCAUGUCGAGCGCGAGCACCCAAUGGGAUUCGAACGGCUUGUGAACAUGAGUCUGGAGCAGAUUGCAGAAGCGAACCUCCGGAAGAAGUAA